AUGUGCUUAACGGACCGUUUUGUACUGGGUAUUGACUCAGCUUCGGUCCGUGAGAAGUUGUUUAGAGAAGACCCGAAUCAGCUCAAACUGACCCGAGCUGUAGAUCUAGCGCGCGCUGUGGAGAGUGCGCAGCGUAUUGUAUCUGCUGGUGAAUCGGUACCGGUGACCAAAACGGAGUCAUUACUUUAUACGGAGUCCCGUCGGAGAGGCAGCUCGCGCACCGGUCGCAGCGCUGGUGGCAGCGCCGGUGGCAGCGCCGGUGGCGGUGGCAGCUCAAGAUGUGGCGUUUGUGGCGCGAGGUCACACGACGCCGAAGCAUGUGGUUACCGUCAUUUGUCGUGUAAUGAUGAAAACCCGCUGGCUCUGGAGGUGAGUGUGCGGGGUGUUGCACUCAUUAUGGAGGUCGAUUCUGGAAGUGGGGUGUCGGCACUGCCCGGACACCUGUGGCGUAUGUAUUUUUCUCGGUACACGUCGCUCGGUCAGGUCGUUGCGCGAGUUGGUAAAGUAAUGUAUGAUGUGGCUAUACUAGGUACCGAUAUUGUUUGGAGGCGUCACGCGAAUCAAUUAAUUUCAGCCAAUUCUUAUAAAGGCUCGGUAACACAGCUUACAGGCCGGUUACCCCCAGGAACUACGCCUAACACUCCAACUGUGAACCAGACCUUGCGCAGUAGUAGUGAAGCCUCCGAGUGGGCUGAGUCAGAAGACUCAUUCGGUACGCCGUCAAAUGCAACAGACUUAGGGCAACAACCCCGCACACCUAUUCCUGACGAGCCAGGUAUUCGCACUCGAUCUGGUCGCUUGGUAGUACCACCUAAACGAUUAAUUUUG